UUCGACCGGUCGGGGAGAGCUCAAAGCGCACAGGAUUUGACAGAUGUUCGAAUCGGAUAAACUGCACCGCAACGAGAGAAUUGGGGACCAUUUCAGAUUUACAUAGUGGAGCCCAUAUACGACAAAAUGUCAGGACAAAAGAGUGCGAAUCCGUGCAAUAAAUUCCAAGCGAACAUUUUUUAUAAAAGUAAAUGUCAGAACUGCUUCAAGUCUCGGGAGCUGCAUCUUCCAACUGAUCAUGGUAAGGACCAGGCCAAACCCAUCUAUGGAGGCUGGCUCUGCUUGGCUGCUGAGGGGACAGACUUUGACAAUCCAAUUCAGAGGUCAAGGAAAUGGCAGCGACGAUUCUUCAUCCUGUAUGAACAUGGCAGCAUGAGCUUUGCACUGGACGAGUUGAAAAGCACUCUGCCACAAGGAACAGUGAACAUGAAUCUGUGUACAGCGGUGAUUGACGCAGAGCCUAAGACAGGCCAGAGGAACGCUUUGUGCAUCAUCACACCUGAACAGGAGUUCUUUAUCCGGGGGGAGAACAAGGAGAUCAUCAAUGGCUGGAGUGAACAACUAGUCGUUUACCCACGGACCUAUAAGCAGAAUCAGAAGAAGAAACGUAAAGUAGAACCCACUACUUCCCAGGAGCCCAGCCCAGCAAAGAUGGCUGCCACUGAGCCCAGUUUCUCAGUCAUGAAAAGUGGUGACCCUCGCCUGUGGCAGGGAGAGUGGCCCAGUGGGGGUCCGGAUGUGGCCCCUGUCUGGACUGUGACAGAUACUGAUCCCCUGGGCCUGGACGAGACCCCUGCAGGUCAUGGUUCCCACUACCUCCCUUCAGCCUCCAGUGACUCCCUGACCUUUGACGGUAGUCUGCGGCUCUCCAACGGCUCCUGUAUCAGUAGCUCUGUGAGUUCCCUGGACUCUGUGGCCAGCAAGGGGACUGACACCAGCAGCGACAGCCAGCGCACAGAGCCUACGCCAUACAGAGACCACCCACCGGCCAACAAGAACAACAUGGCAGAGAGAAGCUGUUACAAUGAGCCAGGGAAGGCUGGGAGGAGUGCUGUGGGAGAGGACCUGGGUCAGGCUGGAUCCAGGAAGGGGAGGAGUGAAGCUCGCAACAACCAGAGAGAGGUAUCAGUCACACCGUCACAGUGUUUUUACAUUGCAGUCAGUCCUCCCACUCCCGGUAAGGCUUGUCACAUUCCUCCACUAUAACACCAUCACUUGAACCACACCUCAUAAUCCAAAGAGUAACCACAGCUUUUAAGAAUAGCAACACUUGUUACCCACCAGGA